GUCUGGUUCGUACUCCUUUCCGUGUCACAACGACCUCGCCACCAAACUGCCACCCACCAUGCCUUCGUUUGUAGCAGCACAAGCUAGCGCGCCUGGCAAAGUCAUUCUCUUCGGCGAGCAUGCCGUCGUGUACGGAAUCCCCGCCGUUGCCGCCGCCGUCUCCGACCUGCGGGUGUCCACGCACGUCACCUUUGGCGGCGAGCCCACCGUCGCCGUGUCUCUUCUGAACCUCACAAGCAUGAAAGACGGUCAGCCUCUGUCUCGUUCGUGGUCGCUUCAAGCGAUCAAAGCGGCGAUUGGUGGUGCCUCGGCCGCCAACGACACCUUCCUGCCGCGACCGUCGGCGGCUAUCACUGCUGCGCUGGUCGAUUUCUUGUCUGACCAACAUCCGAAGGACGCGAAUGCACUCCGCCCCGCGCUCUUCCUCGUCUUGGCCAUCCUGCCGGAGCUUUUCGACGAACUGUCGGUUGGCGUGCAGCUCCACGUGACGUCCGGGGACUUUCCAGUGGGCGCCGGCCUCGGCUCGUCGGCGGCGUUUUGCGUGUCCGUGGCGGCCGCCUUACUCCGAAGCCGCCACGACGUCGUGCCGUUGGAUACGAUCAAUGCGCAUGCAUUUGCGGCCGAAGUGUUGUUGCAUGACGAUCCAUCUGGCGUCGACAACACCGUGUCUACGUAUGGCGGGGCCAUUCUGUAUCAAAAGCAGCCGCAGUCCCAGAUGAAAGCGCUGCAAGACCUGCCGACGCUCCGCUUCCUCCUCACCAACACGCACGUACCUCGAGAGACCAAACACUUGGUCGCAAAGGUGCGGGCGCUGCACACCGCCGACCCCGCGUUCGUCGACGGCCGCUUUGAAGCCAUUCGCAGCAUCAUCGAGGCGUUUCAACGACAAGCUGAGACACCGCGGACGUUUUCGCAGACAGAGUUUCAAGCGAUGAUCCGUCUCAACCAAACGCUGUUGGCCCAAGUGGGAGUCAGCCAUCCAGCGAUCGACACGGUCGUGAAUCUGGCAAACCCCCUUUUGCCCACGAAACUUACGGGCGCGGGCGGUGGCGGGUGCACCAUCACGUUCAUCCCCGACGACACGGACGAAGGCGCGGUGGCGGCUCUCAAAGCCGACUUGGCCAAGCACGGGUUUACGUGCGUGGAAACAGUGUUGGGGGGGCCGGGCGUCAAGUUUUCACUCGCGACUGUGUAGCGUACCUCGAAUUAGAGUGGGAAUAUAUCAUAGAGCUGUUGCAUUUGACUUUGCAA